AAACAUAACUUUGCUCAAUGUUUGUAAUCAAGGUCUUACUCACUACACCAACCACGCCAACAGAGCGAAUGAAGCGAAUUGUUGACGCAUCAGAAGGAUUUAUUUACCUAGUGAGCUCAAUUGGAGUGACUGGUGCACGAGCAUCUGUAAGCGGAAAGGUUCAGUCGCUCUUGAAGGAUAUCAAAGAGGCCACAGACAAGCCAGUGGCUGUUGGUUUUGGAAUAUCAAAGCCUGAGCAUGUGAAACAGGUCCUCUAAACCUUAACAAGAUUCCUAAGGCCUCUCUUAUGUUGUCUUCAUUAUUUAUUGCUUUUUUGAUGAUUGGUUUUGUUGUGUGAACAGAUAGUUGGAUGGGGAGCUGAUGGAGUGAUCGUAGGCAGUGCAAUGGUGAAGCUAUUGGGGGACGCAAAUUCGCCAACGGAAGGACUUAAGGAGCUUGAGAAGCUCACCAAGUCUCUCAAAUCUGCUCUUCUUUGAAAAGACAAAAA